GGACUGUGCUCAUGGGACGUCGUUUUGUAACUGGUAUUUCCCUGGUAUUUCUCAGAUAUAAACUAGAAUAUUUAACAGCAUAACAUGGUGUUCUUUCGUCGUAGAACAGCUACGAUCGCAGUAUUUGUACAGUUCCUAAUUUUCAUACGUUGUUGAUGGCGUGUUGUUUUGUCGUGACGUUCUCGUGAAUCGAAGAGGUGGAUUUUUUUAACCGACUACGCCAGCUGCACAGAAGUUACGCUUCCACGGGUUUUUCUUUCUCGCUGUGAAACAGUCAGAGGAGGUUCCUCGACGAUCAAAAGUUCUUAUAAACAGUGACUGUGGCCUUUUGAGCAGUGAAGAAUUCACAGUUGAAGUUAUGAGAUGAUAUUGUCUAUUACACAAUAGACAGCUUUAUGACAGCAAAAGGCACCAUGGAGAAUCGGCCAGGAAAGCAGCAAACAAGUAAUUCAAAACUGACUGAAAAAUAUCAAGCUGGACGUGGAAGAGCACUAAAAGAGUUGUCAAGGAGAUCUCCAAAAGCAGAGGAGGUUGGAAGAAGAAAGCAAUUACAGCAGUUAAUAUUCUCGCUGGACAAGGAAACAAUUGAGAAACACUUUCAUUCUGGCCAAAAUGGAAACACAUUUGGGUCUGUAUUGUCAUCCAAAAAGUUUCAACUUGAAGAGGGUGACACUGAUUCCUCUUUGGAUUCAAUUAGUGACACAAAUUGUUCAAAAGUCCCUGUAGCAAGUGCUCAAUGGCAAGGGGACUUUAAAAAUGAUACUUUAUUUAAUAAUAACCUGGAAAAACAUAUGGAAAAAAUAAACAUUGUUGAAGACGGCAAAAAUGCUGCUUCAAAUAAUGUUCCUCCAAGAUUUCAGAACAGUCAGUGGGGCAGGAACUUCAAAAAGAAUAAACCACGCCCCAACCAGCCGAAGCAAAAUGGCAAUAAAGGGCAAUUUGAAGAGGAAGGUAGCUGCGGAGGAGGGAAGAAUGAUCAGGCAAAAAUGCAGGAAUUACCAGCAGUGGCAGCGACAGGAUCUAGUAGUCAGAACCCUGAAACAAGUUCAGACCCAUGGAAUGACUGGGAGGAAUCUGUUGUUGUCCAAGCGCCGAUUAUUGAUGAUAGAGAUUUAGAGGAGCUUGUGGUUGUUGAUGAUAAUGAUACAUUAGAUGAUGUAAUGGUACAACAGUAUGUUAAUGCCCUUCACCAAGUACAGAAGGGUGGUGAUGUAUUACCUUCAAAAAUAACUCCAAGUCGCAUUCAGGAACUUGGCAACCUGAAGUCAACUACAAACGCUGACUCACUCAAAUUACCUCCAGGCACUCUUCCAAAUCCUCCCAAAGGCCCUGAUCGUUGGGGUGGUAGUGAACUCAAGGAUAUUGAAACCCCAACAGGGUGGGGUGAUAUUGUUGAGGAGUCUGGCAAUUGGUAUGAUGAUGGGUCAAACCUUUGGUCCAAUUCCAGCUUGCCAUAUGGGGCCAGUGGGGGAUGGAGUUGGAACAGCUGACCUGGAGUGGCUCUAAGAUAGCAAGAGGUACUUGCACCAUAUUAAAUUAAAACUAGAAAUAAUGGCUGAAUUUUUAUGUUAAUUUUAUUGGGGAUGUUCACAUCCAUUUGGUAGCUUUAAGGGUGUGAUCUGCCUUUCACAUCAGAUUCUGUAUUUCGUCCACUCUAAAGAGGAUGGACAUGUAGACAUGGCAUUGGAGACUGGCUGGCCAUAACCAUGUCUUGUACCUGGAGUUUUUGCUCCUUACGGCAUGAGAAGGUUGAUGAAGCAGACAACUAUCAAAGGUUUCAUUGUAGGAUCAAUAUUGACUGGUUUUGAAAACAAUGAAAAUGACUUGAAGAAAACAAUGGAAAGGGUUAGCCUCUUUUUGCAGCUAGACUGUAGACACAUGCAAAACAACCUAAAGCCCAACUGCUGAUCAAGGGAACAAAGAUUCUAUGCACAAGAUUGGCCAUGUCAUAACUUAUUAUGAAUCCAAAAAUAACUGUGGCUUAAAAGCCAUUUAAAUAGAACUGAAAGAUGUGGUUUAAGUAAUUGGUUGCAUAAAAGUUUUAUUUUUUUAUUUUUUUAAGAGAAUUUCUUCAGAAUUGCAUCUGUGAUAAACAUUUGAACCCUAGUAGCUGCUGAAUUAAUUAAUCCAUAGCAACACUAUAGUGGUGAUCCGUGGUUAAUAAUUUGUUUUUAGUUUGCACAGCAUUUAUUUGUUGCAACUUUAACAGCACUGCUAGUACACUGCUAGUUGUAAGCAGCAACACUUUACAAGUCUUUUAAUAUGAAGGCUAUCCUUAGUUAAAAAAUUAGCUUGAAAAAAUGGUAGUUGCAUGUUUAAUGUAUUUAGUGGGACCUGCCUAGACAAUAAUGUGAAACUUGACAUACAAGACUUUUGCUUAAACUUUAGUAACACACCAAUGCUAAAGUGUAAGCACAAGUUCAAAGUGGUAGUGUACUAAGUACACACAAUGCUGUGUCAUUGCAUGUCAAGACUAAAACUAUGUUGAUCUUAGGUGGGAAUUUUGCAGAAGUGUUUCCAUGUUUAUAGCAUAAUAUAUUUUUUUAAAAAAAAUAGAUGAAACUAACUGAAUGUCCAGAAUGUAAGUAGUGUCUGCAGUGGUCUUCACAAGGUGAAGAUGGAAUAAAGUAGAAACUUAUGUUUAAA